AUGGAAAUAGAACCUGGUUUGACUAAAGAGGAAACGAUACAAAAAAAAUUAAAGGAGAUUGAGAAAUAUGAAAAUAUAAAGGAAUAUAAAGAGUGGUGUGAUGAACAAAAUAUAAUUCAAAAAAGCGAACCUAAGAGAUUGGAGAAGGUAUACAUAGGACACGGUAAAACCAAAGCACAUUUUUAUAGAUCAUUUGAUGGAAGUAACUACACACAAGCAGACUUUGAAUACACACUUGAAUGUGAAAGAAAAGAAACUGAAGCAAAAGCAAGAGAAGCCAGAAUACAAGCUGAGAAAGAGAAAAUUGAAGUUGAGAAACAAAGACUUAGAAACAAUCCAGGCUGUUUAGAAAGCGUUCUUAACUGGAUUACAUGUUCAGAUUAA